UUGACCCGUUGCCAUGGAGACCGGAGAGGCCUGGUCCGGCGCGUCGCUCCCGCCCUGCGAUAAGAGGGAUUCGAGGCGGCUGGUUGCGUGGGAGAGCUGCUCGUGUCGCUGCGGCGCUCAGUUCGCCCCUCUCCCGCGUUGGAGACAGAUAUCAAGUCUGUACAACUUGUUGUAUUGCUGUAAUUGUUUGACAAUUGGCAAUCAUGAACGCCAGUGACUUUGUGAUUCUCCCUGGUUCAAAGACUGGAGUCUCUGUAAAACUGAAAGCAAAAAGUAUACGAGAGCUGCAGUUGGAGAAGGUUCAGCUGGAACUUGAAAAUAAAGAGAUGGAGAAAACACUUCAGCAGCUACAAUCAAACAUGAGCAGAGAAAAACAAGAGAGGGAACGAGCAAGUGCAUAUCGCUGGAAAUCAGGCCAAGCUGGCCUGGGCAUGCAGCCCCAGCUGUUGUUGCAGAACAAAGAGAAUGUUGGAAAGGUUUCAUCAGGCAAGAUAAAAUUAAGAAUACUCAAAGAACAAAUUCCAGCUCCAGAGCCAGCUAAGCAGCCGCUUGCAAGUAAAGUAGCAAAGGAUGCAGCCCCUGAAAAGCCCAAAGUGAAGGGAAAGGCAUGUGGGCAGUGUGAGACAAAGACUGCGCUCUUGGUGUGCUUAGAGUGCGGAGAAGAUUACUGUCCUAGCUGCUUUGCCAGAGUGCACCAGAAGGGGGCACUUAAGCUCCACAGAACUACUUCUUUGCAGGCAAAAGCACGUAUACCAGUAAGGAAAUUGGAGGCUGCUCAGCAGUUCCUGAAAACAAUAAAUCCCGAGGAAUCUAAUGGCUGCAUAAAUAAUGGACUGAAGAAGGAAGUUAAUGAUAUAUUAGUGAAUACUUCAGACAUUCCUUCGCCUUUACCAAAAAUGCCAGCCUACAAUAUUGAGGAAGCGUCUACAGAACCUUCUGCGGAGGAUAGGCCUGAGAGCCAGAAUGGUGGGUCUUUAUUACAUGGUGUGUUUGACGAAGAAGAAUCUGCAAAGUCUUUUCAGGAAGCUCUGAAUCAGUGGAGAAGUAGAAAUCAAUCCCCGAAAUCUAAGGAGGAACGUUCCUGUCAGGUUGGACCAGAAAGUACUGGUUCCUGCCAGGUGCAGACAAGCCCUCCAGUUGCGAAGAAAGCUCUUGAAAUUGAAUUCAAGGAAGAUGGCUUGAAGUAUAUGGAAAGAUUAUUGAUUAAGAAGCACAGAAGAACUCCAGUUGAUAAGUUGCCAGAUAGUAUUAUAGCAGAGGAACUGAAACUUGAAAAGCCACAGAUUAAUGAACAUGAUGACACUUGGCUUGGAGGAGAGGAAGAGGAUGAAGACGAAGACGAUGAUAUAGCAGUUGCUCGUUUUGAAGCUAAAGAAAUGAAAAAGUACUGGGCAGAUGUUUCCAAACGAGAAGAGCCCGAGGCACUUCUUGCAAACGUUGAGCCCUGUCUGGAAAUCAGGGUCCUUGAAGACGCUUGCAAAGAGGAGCCAGAAGAACCUGCCAAUUUUGUGGUGUCAGAAGCUGGAUCUGAUGAUUUGAUUGAUUACAGUGGUCCCAUGUUGGAAAAUCAGAAAACUGAACCUGACGUUUUUCUGGCGCAAGCUGGCAAUAUUACCACCAGGUCAUCGCUUUCAUCUGCAGCUCAGAAAGAACAGUGUGUAAAUGUGCUUCACAAUAAACAGGAAGAAACACCUCGAGGUGAGCUUAUGGUAGUCACUUCUACUGGGGGCUGUUCCGGCGCAGAGGAAGCGGUUCCUAGCACCCCUUUUAAAGGAGCUGCAGCAGAAGAGAAGCAUUACAAGACAAGGAAGUUUAACACUUGCAAGAAAUCAGAACAGGCUUCUAGACCACCCAAAUUGGCUCCAAGGGAACCUUGCGCAGCGAUGUUUGCAGAGUCGCACGAAGUGUCGCCACUCACUGCCAAGUCUUCAGUGUUGUUACAGGAAAUAGCCCAGAAGGAGAAACCUAGCUGCAGCCCAUAUCGAGGGCUUGAGGAAUUCUUUACAAUGGAUACAAGCCGUGAGCAAGUUAUGACGGAAUCGUUUCCUUCGCCACGUGCAGGCAGGCAAUCGCCAAGCAGUGGCAUUUCAUUUUCAGGGUCUCAGCAGUGGAUGAGGCAGUUCAGCUUAAGUGAAUGUGCUAAUGAGUCUGUAGUGCAAGAUGUCUUGGAAACAGAGCUUGGCAGACCAUCAAGUAGACUGGGAAGGCAAAGCCCAUGUCCACGAGCUUAUUGGUCGAAGUCGUCCAUUGAAAAUGCUUCUGCAAGGCCCCUUUCUGCAAAUAUUCCUUUUUGCAGAACCAUCACGCCCACACUUCGCCCUUCUUCAGUUCUUCAGUCAGGAUCCAAAAGCUCAGCUACCUGGCCUUUAUCCCGAGCAGCUUCUGAAAUUUCAGAAAUUGAAGGCAUUGAUGUCACCGAACAUGAUGAUCCUUUCUUGGAAUACAGUACUGAUCAACAAGCCUUAGCAGAUUUAGAAGACGAAUGGCAAAGUAAUGCGGAUCCUUGGGAAGAAUUCAGUGACUUAAGCUCUGGAGAUUUCAGUAGACAUUCAAAGGGGGCAUGUCAGAAUCUUCCCGAUUUCCUUAAUAGCCAUGAAAUAAAAGACUACAGUAAAGGUGAUGCUAUAAGAGUUUAUGGCGAAAGCCAUACAGACGAUGAGGAAGACCAGAGGGACAAGCAGCAGGUGAUAGAACUGCAGUGAAAAACACACACAGAAACACACACACACAGAGAGAGGAAUCGAACUUGAUGUAUCAUUCUGCUUCAAUCCAUAUAAAAUCAUCAGGCCAAGGCGCUUAUCUCCCCAGCAUGCCAGGUUAACUGAGCUGAUGUGAAGACAAAUCUCAAAUAAAUAAAAUGCAUGUUGAUGCAGAAAAACAAACAGAGAGAAACAAUUUUGGGCUCUUCCUACUUCCAUUGUCUUCUCCUUUUAUAUUUAUUCAAUGCAUCUGUACCUUGCCCUUCAACCAGAAAAGCUCCCAACGUGGCCAGCAAAUCCAUAUAAAGAAAAACACAAAAUUAUGUGUUUUCCUUGCAAAAGAUGAAUUUGGUUCACCCGGGCCAAGCAAGAGGAGGAUUGGUGUAUUGUUCCAUUAUAACGAUUUUUUUAGUUGCUGUUCGCUAGAGGAGGUUUGCAGCUAUAAGGCUGCUUUCUGGUUUAUGGAGAUAGCAGCCUUGGUGGGAAAGCUGCAAAUUCCAGCUGUAUUGUAUGAUCAGGCUGCUGGCAUGGCUUUGACUGUUAUGUAACAAGUGGGGGACCUGCAGCAAAAUGUUGCAGUAUUCCUCUCUUCCCUAACAAGAGUGCUGCUGUUCAGGCUCUCAACUCUCUGGGUCUUGUAUACUUGGAAGGAAGAACCCAGGAGAUCUUCCUUAUUCCUAGACAGAACUUAAUGGUGGAUAACAGUAUGAAAAUUGAAAACAGUCCUAGAACAUCAACACAGAACAGUACCUUCAGGUUGAUUUGGUAUCAGUUUUUUGAAUACCACAAACUCAAGAUUGCCUUAUAUAAGCUUAGCUGACAUGGCUUUACCCACAAAUGUCCUUUUUUGCUGCUAUCCUACCAGCAAGAGGCUGGUAUGGGUCCUCGGCAAAAGAGGCUCGUGGCACCUUUAAAGGGCAGCAAAUUUAUUGCAGCACUUUUGGUGAACUAUGGUCAGAUGCAUGAAGUGGACUGUAGUCCACAAAAGCUUGUGCCACAAUAAAUUUGUGGUGUCAAAAGACACUGUGGUUAAUACUUCAUGGAGGGUCCCCAACGGGCUUAUAGCAGUGGUGUGGGCCUUUAUUCAACAGGCAUUAUCACCAUAAGUCCCGGUCCCCAAGAAUUGGCUACACUUGUGUGGCAUCUUGCCUUGGAAACGUGCUCCACUGGUGAUGUGUUGAUUCAUUGGCUGUUCCUUGAAGAAAAAUGUUGAAAGUGCACUGAACAGUACUGUGAGAGAACUCUAGAAUCAAGAAUCACUUUAAUCUUUGUAAAUAUUAAGACAAACUAAUUCUCACUUUCCUUGGUAGUUUCUGUGUGAUCUUAGCUCGCUACUAAGUUAAUUCUGUUUUCUUUUUGUCAGCUUUUUUUCCUGUCGGUGAUGGCUGACUUCGUUUAGACCCAUCAUUAAAAAAAUAAUCAUUGCUGUCACACUAGGUCUGUCGUACGGUUCUUGUUGAUAAGUGUUUACCCUCUUUGCAUCUCUUGCAGUAAAACCGCAACUUUUUAUGAACAUGUUAGAAGAGAACAAAGAGCCCUUUUAACUAGUUUUCGAAAUGGGGAUGGAUAGUAGCUGCUCCCUGUUAAUUCAGUCAUUAACCUUUUCCAGAUUACUUCCCUUGGCUAUGCUGUUUCGCUUGCCACCCACUCAUUAUUGCUGUUUAUACAAAAAUUAUGACUGCUUUGGGAUUUAAAGUUGUUGAUAACUCCUGCUUAUUUUUGUUAAGCACCACACUGUCAAUACGAACGUGAGGGAAGUUCGGUUCGAAGUCUUACUUCAAAACUACCUUUUUUAGACUUUCCAAAAAUGCACAAACUGAAAUGCACCUAUCCCAAAAUUCCAGAUUUUAUGAAUGUUUUCUUCAGUCGAGGAAUAUUUGCAAAAACAUAUGUGGAGAAGGAAAGUGUGCCUAAAAUGCAUUUAUUAGUUAAAAUAAGCAUGGGAAACGUAGUUUCUGCUUGGUGGUAUUCAGCUAAGUUUUCCUUAUAGUAAACCCCCUGAAAUUAAUGGGCAUAACUGCUGUGUUCAUUAAAUUCAGUGGGUCUGUUCUGAGUCAAAUGUGAUUGAAGAUCACCCACUACGUAUAAUAUAAUAAUGGUGCAACAAUAAGAGCCCGGCUGGAUCAGGCAGGAUCAGCUUUCUGCUUUUGCAGCGGCCAACCAGAUACCCUUGGGAAACCCAUAAGCAGUACCUGACUGCAUCAGUGCUCUCCCGACUUGUGAUUCUCAGCAACUGGUAUUUAAGAGCACACUACCUCUUACUUCACCUUGCCGACAAAGGUCCGUAUAGUUAAAGCUAUGGUUUUCCCAGUAGUGAUGUAUGGAAGUGAGAGCUGGACCAUAAAGAAGGCUGAUCACCAAAGAAUUGAUGCUUUUGAAUUAUGGUGCUGGAGGAGACUCUUGAGAGUCCCGUGGACUGCAAGAAGAUCAAAUCUAUCCAUUCUGAAGGAAAUCAGCCCUGAGUGCUCCCUGGAAGGACAGAUCGUGAAGCUGAGGCUCCAAUACUUUGGCCACCUCAUGAGAAGAGAAGAAUCCUUGGAAAAGACCCUGAUGUUGGGAAAGAUUGAGGGCACUAGGAGAAGGGGACGACAGAGGACGAGAUGGUUGGACAGUGUUCUCGAAGCUACGAACAUGAGUUUGACCAAACUGCGGGAGGCAGUGCAAGACAGGAGUGCCUGGCGUGCUCUGUUCCAUGGGGUCACGAAGAGUCGGACACGACUAAACGACUAAACAACAACAACAACCUCUUACUGUAGAAGUAGAACGUAACCAUUGUGGUUAGUAGCCACUGAUAGCCUUAUUCUGCAUGCCUAAUUCUCCUUUCAAGCCUUCCAGGUUGUUAGCCGUCACUACAUGUUCUGGGAGCAAAAGGGAAUAGCUCAGCAGGAACAGCAUGAGAUUCUCAAUCUCAGGACCAUGGGUUCGAGCCCCACGUUGGGCAAACGUUUCCUGCAUUGCAGGGGAAUGGACUAGCUCAGAGUUUCCCAAACUUGGAUCUCCAGCACUUUUGGACUACAAUUCUCCUCAUCCCCUGACCACAGGGAAUGAUAGGCGUUAUAGUCCAAAAAACAGCAGGAGACCCAAGUUUGGGAAACACUGGAUUUGUGUGGUCCCUUCCGACUCUACAAUUCUAUGAUUCAAAUCCUGCAGCGCCUUGUGUGGAGAGGUAUCUAUUUUCCUCCCUGUUCCAAAGCAUUCAAUAAGAAUAGCUCUCAGACCAUGUCUGCAAACGCCAACUUUUAGUAAAUUUAUGCAGCAUGCUUAAGCUUGCCUCGAAUUAGUUUCUCAGGUUGUUUGAUGUUGCCAUUUAACUGCCAAGGGCAGAGAUUAGAUGACUCCAGACCACGCUCGGUUUGCUCCCUGCUUGUUCCCGCAACCCUCACCAGCCGCUUUGUGUUUAUCGUUCGAAAGCUGACAGAAUGUCAUUUGUUUGCCACUUUGGAGUCGCGAAACCCACUUCCUGCCCUGAUGGGACGUGGCAGAAAACCAUUAUCUGUGUGCAGAGAUUAAGUGUGCUAAUUAGCAAAGUGCUCCUUCCUUUUCCUCCAAGCUGCACAAUUGUUUUAUUCACUGAGGCAUGUGGACAAAGGAUUGCCACAGAAUUGUAGUCUCUGUGUAAUUAGGCAUUUACCUGUUUGAAAGAAGCGCAAUGCAGCCGUCUGCUGUGAUACCUGGAGCAAGUGUGGCAGGAAGCAAACAAUUUAACAAGUGCAUUAUGCCGGGAUGACACAAAACAGAUUUUGGCCUCUGAACUAGUCAGGACUGGCAUGGAGAAGAGAGAGAGAGUAAACUAGCUUACUGCCCAAAGGUAAAAUUUGCAUGCAUUGCAUUCAUUCUAUCCUUUUUCCUCUGGCCCCACCCACCCUGUCAUGUGGCCCCUGAAAGAUUGUGCAGGAAGGAAUGCUGCCCUCAAGAUGGAAAAACGUCCCCUGCUCUAUCCUGGAGAGCAAUCUAAUUUAGUACAUUUAGUUUUAUUUAGUAAACACUGCUAAAAUGUUGAGCCUGCCAAGCGUGCCUAAUACCAUCUUUGCAAUUGGCAUUUGUUCCUUGUUGCCAACGAACUAACAAAAUGGGGCAUUUUCUGCAGAGGAAAAUUUAAAAGGUCCACUCCACAUUGCUGGUGUGGAUGGAGGGGGCUGUAUUCUGCAAGUACUCUCGCAAGCAAGGCUGCAGUACAUGUCUGUGCAUCCCUGCAGGGUUGUUGUCAGGGAAUUGGGCCACUCAAGUUUCAGAAGGGGUGG